AUGUCUGUUUAUAACCAGAGAACUCAUCAAACUCGUUUGAACGAGUUAUUGGAUGCUAUAAAGACGGAGUUUGAUUAUGCUUUAACAGAGGCUACCAGUUUCAAAAAGAUUGAAGAUGAUUACCAUUUGAAGUACUCGCAACAGAACACUGAGUUGCAACAAAUUAGACAAACUGUUUAUGAGUUGGAAAUAGCUCAUAGAAAGAUUAAAGAAGCAUAUGAAGAGGAGAUAUUGAGAUUGAAAACAGAGUUGGAAAAUAGAGAUAGACAGAUGAAGAAUGGCUAUCAGCAUCAACAAGCUCAACAACAAGCUCAACAACAAGCUCAACAAGCUCAACAAGCUCAACAACAAGCUCAAACUGUCCAACAACAGUCUCCACCUCAGAUACAACCUGUCCACCAGCAAGUGCCACCCAUUCAACAACCACUGCAACAACCACAGCAACAGCAACAACAACCACACCAAACUCCGAUCCCGCUCCAGCAACAACCAGUUCAGCAGCAACAACAACAACUGCAACCACCACAACAACAACAGCCAUCACAGCCAUCACAGCCAUCACAGCCACCAGUAGCAACUUCUCCACCACAACCACAACCGCAAUCGCAACCGCAACCGGUUCAACAGCAACAGCCUAGUGCUAUUGCUCAGUCUCCAGCUACUUCAGCUGCACCACCAGCUAAUAAUGGAUUGAUAAUUAUUGACAAAUCUCAAUAUAUUGUAAGCCCAGCACAAAAAGCUAACCAUGUUAAGGAAAUACCUCCUUAUUUAUCCGAUUUAGAUGUUGCUAAGGCCAAUCCAGAUUUCAAAAAACAAAACCUAGACUACUAUGUAUUAUAUAACCCUGCUUUUGCUCGUGAUUUGGAUGUUGAGUUGAUUCAUUCUUUGGACCAUUCUUCAGUUGUUUGUUGUGUUAGAUUCUCCAAAGAUGGAAAAUUUAUUGCUACUGGUUCUAAUAAAACAACUCAAGUGUUUAAUGUCGAGACUGGUGAGUUGGUUGCCAAGUUGGUAGAUGAAGUUUCUUCACCCGAGACUAGAGAAGAAGACGCACCAACCCAGAAUGGUGAUUUAUACAUUAGAUCAGUUUGUUUUUCCCCAGAUGGUAAAUUGUUAGCAACCGGUGCCGAGGAUAAAUUGAUCCGAAUUUGGGAUUUAGCUACAAGGAGAAUAAUCAAAGUGCUUAGAGGACACGAACAAGAUAUUUAUUCACUUGAUUUCUUCCCCAACGGUGACCGUUUGGUUUCUGGUUCUGGAGAUAGAUCAGUUAGAAUUUGGAGUUUAAGGUCUUCUCAAUGUUCGUUAACAUUAAGUAUUGAAGAUGGUGUUACAACAGUUGCUGUAUCACCAGAUGGAAAGUUGAUUGCUGCUGGGUCAUUAGACCGUACAGUUAGAGUUUGGGAUUCGACAACAGGAUUUUUAGUUGAGAGGUUAGAUUCAGGAAAUGAGAAUGGCAACGGCCAUGAAGAUUCAGUUUAUUCAGUUGCUUUCUCAAACAAAGGUAACCAAAUUGCAUCGGGAUCAUUGGAUAGAACUGUUAAGUUAUGGAAUCUCGAAGGUAAAUCAGAUAAGAACUCAAAUUGUGAAGCAACAUAUAUCGGACAUAAAGAUUUCGUUUUGUCUGUAUGCUGUACCCCAAAUAAUGAGUAUCUAUUAUCUGGGUCAAAAGAUCGUGGUGUUAUAUUUUGGGAUCAAGCUUCGGGUAAUCCAUUGUUAAUGUUGCAGGGACAUCGUAAUUCAGUUAUAAGUGUUUCAGUGUCAAGCGAUUUCAAAGAUACAGAGUGCAUUUUUGCAACUGGAUCUGGUGAUUGUAAAGCAAGAAUUUGGAAAUGGACUAAAAAAGCAUUGAAAUAA